ACAAGACACAGUCACGCAAUGAGGAUCCUGUACCUGGUGGUUCUCUGUCAUGUCAGUGCGCAGCUUCAGUGUGACAAAUCCAUUGUCCGUGCCACAGUCGGAGGAAGGUUUAAUGUCGCCUGCACAUACAACACAAACCAGUUCCGCUUCAGUAAGAAGUACUGGUGUUUGGGGGAGUCCAAAAGCUCUUGUAAGAUUUUGAUGGAUACUGACGGCUUCACCAAAGCUGAGCUCAAGAGUCGUGUUCAGAUCACUGAGACCUACAGAACCUUUCACAUUCUAAUGACCGGACUGCAGGUGGGAGACAGUGGAGUCUACUGGGCUGCAAUUGACAAGAUGUAUGCUGAUAUCAUGUUUAAGAUCCAGGUUGAAGUAAAAGAGGAUUUUAAUAGCUAUGACUGUAGGACAACUACACCACCCAUCACAACCACCAUGACCGCAGUGGAAGUUUUCAGCUUAACGCUUGUCACUCAAACCAGUGGAUAUAAAAAACAUUCACGACAUGUCAAUCAAACACGGUUGGAAAACUUCCUUCUCAGGUCAUGGUCAGGAGUGCCGCUGUGGUAUGACAUCGUUCGCUGGAUUCUCUUCACUCUUAUGAUGGUCACCACUGGUCUAGUGCACAUGCGCACACAGGCCAUACCCAGUGGACACAGACUUACUCACAAACACAUCUGA